CGGGAGCAAUCUGGGGUUCAGCAUCUUGCCCGAGGAUACUUCAACAUGCGGACCGGAGGAGCCGGGGGCUGAGCAGCCGAUCAUCUGAUUAGCGGACGACCCACUCUACCUCUGAGCCACAGCCGCCCACUGCCAAACACAAAAGCAUACGUCAGAUGUUCAGAGCCUUUAUUCUGAAGAAAGUCCAAACAACACGCCCGUGAAUGCAACAGCAGACUAAAACAGCUGAUCUGAGGGGACUUGUUCCACAUUAAGAUCAAACCAGCAUUCGGCAAUGGCAGAUGGAUGAUGCUGAUCCCUCACUCUGGAGGUGUGGAGUGACAGAUGACAGAGGGACUGAUACGGCAAGAGAGAGGCAGAAAGAGAGAGGUAACGUCGGAAAGGGUCACCGCCGCCGGUAAUGGAAAACAGCUGCAAAGGUCAGGCGCAUUGAUCGGGAGGCGUGAAGAAAUCAACCUGAUCAUCUACUCUGACCUGAAGGAAGAAACUUGCAACACCUUGGAUACAACAGCAGAAGGAUUCACAGCUGAAUGAAGACAUUGAAACUGGUCAAUACUCGUCAGCAAACUAACUGGCAGCGGGAGCAGACAGCAGCCAUGGAUAUGACUAAACCGAUUUUCAGCUCUAAAUUUGAUACUCUGAAACUCUUACUUCCAUCAAGAGGUGGAUGUGACUGAACACCACGAAGCAACAAGGGACUUUUCGACUCAACAUACACCUUGAGAACUUGUCGCCAAUGACUUAUUGGCAAGACAUGGGACAUUCAAACCUCAGGGAACAAUUGGAGGCUGUUUGCAGCUAGCAAGACUAUUGAAAUACGAUAUAAACUGAAGAACACUUGUAGCUAGGUCCUCUCAAUCCCCUCUCCCCUCUUCCCUGUCACUCCCCAUCCCCAAAGUUGCUUCUUUCCUGUUUUUUCACUUCCCCCAGAUCCUUGUUAAUGGUGUUCUGUUGGUAUUAAGAAGUCAAUUUUGGUAGAUGCUUCAGAACUCUUUAAAGAAGUCAAUGCUGAGCGCAUCUGUCUCACCACCUCCUUCUUCCCUCUGCUGGUGAAGAAGGUGAAUUAAAACCAGCCUCCAAUAGAGUAAGGGUCUCUGUUUGGGAUGGGCGGCCCAGCGAGGGCUCUUCUUGGUGGGUUCAGCACCACCACCUCCUCCCUGGAGGUUGGAGGUCAGAUGGCUUGGCCAAGCAUUAACCCCCUGGACCUCAACCAAACCCUGUCAUGGGGGUUAGGGCUUGGAGGCAGCGGUGGAGGUGCGGCAGCCAUGAGUGCAGGUCUGGAUAAUUUCACCCAGGAGUCUGUCACCAGGACGGUGAUGAAAGAGAAGAACUGGCCGGCACUGCUCAUACUCGUCAUCAUCGCGCUGACGAUCGGUGGCAACAUCCUAGUGAUCCUGGCAGUGUCGCUGGAGAAGAAGCUUCAGAACGCCACCAACUUCUUCCUGAGGUCGCUGGCCGUGGCGGACAUGCUUGUAGGCAUCCUGGUCAUGCCGAUCUCCCUCAUCAACAUCCUCUACGACUACGCCUGGCCUCUCCCCAGCGCCCUGUGUCCGAUCUGGAUCUACCUGGACGUGCUGUUCUCCACCGCCUCCAUCAUGCACCUGUGUGCCAUCUCUCUGGACCGAUACGUUGCCAUCCGCAACCCCAUAGAGCACAGCCGCUUCAACUCCAGAACCAAAGCCAUGAUGAAGAUCGCCGCCGUCUGGACCAUAUCUAUAGGCGUGUCGAUGCCUAUUCCAGUGAUCGGCCUCCACAACGAGGACAAGGUCUUUGUCAACGGCAGCUGUGUCCUCAACGAGGAGCGCUUUAUGCUCAUUGGCUCCUUCGUGGCCUUCUUCAUCCCACUGGUCAUCAUGGUGGUGACAUACUGCCUCACCAUACAGGUGCUCCAGAGGCAGGCCACCGUCUUCCUGUAUGAGGCAAAGACUUCCUCCCAGCAGCCUUUGCACACACCAGCAAUGACAAACACAUUGCAGCCUCCACCCAGCACCUUCCACCUUCCUCAGAUCAACACACACUCUCCUUCAGACUCACAAGAGCUGAAGCCCCCGCCUCCUCAGAGCAGACGGAACACCUUGAGCUGUCUGAAAGGAGCAGAGCCCAGCAUACUGCUCACCACGCCAGACAGCAUAAGCAUCAUUCCCAGCUCGGAAGUGGCGUCUCAGCUCAGCUCGCCGGCUGCGGGGCCAGGGCGGAGCGACACGUCGGGGUGCCACGGGCGACGGGGGAUGAUGCAGGCCAUAAAGAACGAGAGGCGGGCCUCCAAGGUCCUUGGAAUCGUCUUCUUCCUCUUCCUCAUCAUGUGGUGUCCCUUCUUCAUCACCAAUGUUACCUUCGUCCUGUGCCGCGGCUCCUGCAACGAGUCACUGCUCAAUGACCUCCUCAACGUCUUCGUCUGGGUGGGCUACAUCUCCUCCGGGGUGAACCCUCUCGUCUACACCCUCUUCAAUAAGACCUACAGGAGAGCAUUCUCCAGCUACAUCAGGUGCCAGUACAAAGUCGGGGCCAACGCAGCUGGACAGAGUUGCAAAACCCUCCUAGUCCCCCCGCCGUGCCCAUCGCACGCCGUGACCCCUCUUCUGAUGGGCAGUCACGGGAAAGAUGGCAUGGACCGCAAUAGUAACUGUCGCAACGGCGGCAGGGGGGAUAACGGGAGGUUGACGGUGGACCCGGAGGACAUGACAGAUGAUGAAACACAAAUCGGAAUAGUGUCACAGAGCCUCUCCGAAUGCCAAAACAUCGGCAUGCUUUCGGAAACAGAGCCGGAAACGGAGGUGGAGCAGGAGCUGUCGCUCAUCAGCUACAGCCCCGCCUCCAGAGAACACACCAGCAGCGUGUGAUUGCGUGCUUUUACUUUGUUGUCUUCUGUUUUUUUUUAACCUGCAGACACUGGGCCGUUUCGACGCGCUGGUGCUGGAAGCCCACAGUGAUUCUAUAGGCUGUAAACCUGCAGUGGGUGCUUUAAUUGUGGAGGGACUAGUCUCAGUUGAGGAGCCUUAUCCGCCACACUGAAGUGCAUGACUUACCGCAAUGUGUGAGAGAAAUCAGCGUACCAGAGAAGUUAAGCUCUAAGAUGAAAAAGUUUUGGAAUGAAAGCCAAUAUUUCACACGUGUUUGUUUUUUAUUUGGUGUGAAAAUGUUGGUUUUCAGACCAUAAAUGGAGGGUAAAAGCAUGAAGAUGUGCUCUGCAGUCACAAAUUGAGGUUUACUUCAUGGGGACGGAGGUACCAGACAGGGACAAAGUCACAAGAGGCAGCCAGUGAAGAGCUUAUCCUCAUUGUCAACCUGGUAUGAAGUCAGGCGGCCCUCGAUGGAGUCCCACUGAUGCAGGUUACAGAGUCGAGCACCGACCUCUGGGGUCAAACGACGACUUCAAGCCUUCACACAGAGUCCAAAUGCAGUCCGAGCUCUGGGUUGUGUGGAUUCUCUCCGCACCAAGCAAACUAAACCAAAUCUAUUUUUGUGCCGGUCAAGCUUGACAACAGUCAUAGAAUAUAUCCGAAUGAAACUUUCCAGCAUGUAUAAUCAAACCAUUCAGCCGACAGAAAUUGGAUUUUUUCUGCAAAGGAAACUUUCUCCAGGCUGCAGCAGUCAAAAGUUUGUCUUUGAGGACCGAGAUGAAGGAAUGUACAACGGCCACUGGUCUCUGGUGGACUCACAGUGCCAUCUGGUGGUCGCACAACACAGAGAGGUCACUUCCCUUGGAUUGAACAAGGGGGCUAAAAGAGCUAAAAACAUGGCGCAGGCCUUUGGUCCAACACAACUGUCAGGCCCUUGCUUCUGUUGACCAAUACACCAACUUUGGAAAUAAUUAAACCCCCAACUUCUAAAGAUUUUACUGACAAGAAUUUAAAAUAAAAGGGAACAAUCUAAAAUUAAACAUGAUUUUUUUAACAUAAGGGUGCACAAGUGUUCCUCAGAUGUCAUCCUUAAAAGGAACAGAAUAUAUAGAUUUUAUUUAUCAGCUAAAGCUUACUAUCAUUACUGUCAUCAGUUAGCCAGCAUUACCACAGAUUCACCUUCAUAUAAUAAUAUAACAUUAACGUUCCAAGAUCUUCCUCAGUUGCGAUUACACUUUACCCAAAAAUAGUGGAUAUUCAUGCAUCAGCAGUCACAUUAAUAAAGGAAAUCUAUCUAUGUUUCGCACAUCUAAUGAUGCAAAUUCAGCACAUGCAUCUUGAAAUUGUUGUCCUACAUGAGUAGCCAACAACCAGCCACCUACUUAAUAUACAUAUCAUAUUAUCAGAGUACAUAUCAGAGUAUGGGCAUCAUCUGUGGGCAUAAAUCCAGGCUGUUUGUGAUUCAGAGCACCAUCUCUGAAGGACACAUUAUUCAAUGAACAGGAGGUUUACCUCUUAGAUAAUGAAGGAUUUUUAUUCAGCCGUUGCAUCAGUGCUUUUCUCUCCAAAAACCACACCAGCCAAAAUUUGCUCAGACGGUACAGUGAAAGCCAAAGAGGACAGAAAGAACAUUUAUGCUUACAUUUAGGCAUUAAGCUCUGGGUUUAAAUAAGGUCCAUUGGAGCAUUACUGUCACAUGUACGCUCCGAUGACGGGUUUCAGGGUGACCGUGUGCCAAUAUCUCCCAAGAACUGCAGUUCUGACCCCAUAACUCGAUGGUCACAAACUCUUAAAUCAGACUCUUUGAUCUCUGGCUGCUUUACGGUCUGUUCCGCCCACGUUACCGGAGUGUGACUCAAAGACCAAAUAGCUUAAGAUUUCAUCCGUCGCAUAAAAUGGACAGAAAGUCAAUACGCUAAAAGACAGACCCCUGACUCUAUCAAGACAGGUCGCCGGCCCUCACAGCUCUGUCACGCUGAUUUUCCCGCCCUCCCUCCUGCUGCGUUUUAUUGACAUCUGAUAGACGGCAAGAUUCCUCCACCUCCAUCAGCUGAAAUGUCUGCAAUAUACUGCCUUAGAAAAGGAUUCAAUGUUGUUCGGGUUUUAAAGGUGGCAAACUUAGAUUUCUUUGUAACAGGAGAUGAUGUAGGAGAUUAAACCUAAAACUCGUAUGCAUAUAGCGAUUAGUUAAAUAGAGCUUAAUGGUUGUGUGGUAAAGGACAUACAUUGAGAAAAUUAAGAGAUCACUUAAAGGGGCACUUCACCAGUUUUACACAUCAGGUUCAGUUGACCCGUCUUCUGCGGCUCUGGAGAGCAUUUCCAAAUUAAUGAAAUUACAUGGUGGCGGCACGGUUGGAUUUAAGCGCCAAAACUAUGUAUAUGGGUUUAGAAAAAUAUCAUGUUUCAAUUAAGUAUCAAGUAACUAUGUACCAAAAAUGAAAAGAAGUCAACAUCGCACCAACAACAUCCAACAAAUUAGCACCCCAAAAGUGAUGUUAGCAUAACGUCACGUACUCUGCAAAGUGACAUAAGUUAGGCUUAGGCAAGUAAAGUGACAUAGGUUAGAUUAGGUAAAGAAACAUUGUGACGACAUACCUUAAAGUAUCACAUGGUUCCAAACAUGGUUCUCCUGUCAUAGUGAUGUCCAGUGUGAUCGCACAGAAAUACGUGAAAUGACCAAAACUGUAUCACAUAUUGUGUUAAAAUUACCUGGUGGCAGCACGAUUGGGUUUAAGCACCAAAACUACAUGUUUAGGUUUAGAAAAGUAUACGUUUUGGUUAAAUAACUGCACUUGUUACAUUUGGAAAAUAAGUACUUUGUAAGGUGAUACAAGUACGACACGUAACCAAAAAACAAAAGACAUCAAUGGUUCUUACGACAUCCAAUAAAUUAGCGCCCCAAAAAUGAUGUUAGCAUAAAGUUACGUACUAAAUGUAAAGUCACGUAGGUUAGGUUUAUGCAAGUAAAGUUACAUAGGUUAGAUUAGAUAAAGAAACAUGGUGAUGACGUACCUUAAAAUAACUCAAAGUUGACCUGGUUUCACGUGGUUCCAAACACGGAACCACCACACAGUCGACAUCACUAUGACAGGAUCGUGUUGUGAACCAACACGGUCCUUUCCUGAGUGAAAUCCAGCGUGAUCUCACAGAAAUACGUGAAAUUACCACAACUGUAAAAUUACCUGGUGGCAGCGUGGUUGGGUUUAAGCACCAAAACUAUUUGAUUCAGUUUAGAAAAAGAUUGUGAUUGUAGUUAAAAUAACUGCAUUUUUUACAUACGUGAUGUCAGUACAUCAUAAAGUGACGUUAAUAUAUACGGUAGCGUGAUGGUAGGGUUAGGGCUAUGCAUGGGACGCAAAUAUUGACUUUUAGCUUCACAGGGGACACAAACAGCGGCCCCCUAGGUGUUUUGAUUGACCCAUCCACCAUUUGGACCUCCUCCAGACAUGGACUUUCUCACUAAUUAUACUACCUGGGGCAGGGGUCAGCAACGUUAACCAUCAAAAUAGCCAUUUUUGACCAAAAAUAAUUCUAAAUAAAUCUGCCUGGAGCCACAAAACAUAUUCGAGCCUUAUGAUAACUCUGCGUACCAAGUCCAAAUUAGCCUAUCAACAUUAAAAAUAGAUCUAAAUGAACAUUCAAUAAUAUGUUUUACCACAAGAUGGCUGCUCUGCAGUGGGCUAUGUAUGAUUAUUUGUUACUUUGCAGUGUUGGCAGUGAACGCAAACCAAUCUGUCCAGGCACUAUUAUACUCUGUGUUUACCUCUGAGUCGGAGUCACAGGUUGCCCACCACUGACCUGGGUCUUGACAUUAAUCAUCGCCCAUUGCAUGACAUCAUUGAACCAGGGAAUUUGGGCAUCCACCAUGACAAAGGAUCCUAAUUGACUUUACAUUGGCAGUGUUUCCGUGGUGCCACCACUUAAUUCCAACAUAAUAUGUGCCACUACCAUGUGAUACAGUUUUUAGAUGUCAUGGUCUUGUAUUUCUAUGAGACCAGGUUGUGAUGUCAUCUUGGUUAUCUUAGCUUUUCACAGAAAGCCUUCCUUAAAGCUGAAGGUCUGAGGUUUGAAAGAUGUGGGCAUUUAGGUGACAGAGAGAUAAUAUUGUGUUGCAUGAUGGGAACUAUAGUUUUUGGGUGCCUGAGUCAAGAAAUCAAGAUAUCUCAGCCUCUGUUGCUUCAGUUUUGACCAAUCUUUGUUUAAUUUGUCUGUUUUUAGUCCCUCAACUUUAUGGAAGUGUGAUACUAAAUUGCUGGAGUACCCCUUUAAAUGCCAAAAUACCACUGACUGACACAUAGUUAAUGACUGAGUUAUCCUCCCAGCCUAGUUAUAACCUUAUUAAAGUAGAUGUCACUUUUCCCAGUGAUCAAUAUUUCAUUUUGGUAAUUCUGCCCUCAGGCACGAGACAGCCAAAUUACAAACAUCUGAAUGUAAACCCUUUUUUUCACCCAUAAUCCCCUCCUCAAGGUCAAAGAGCAAAGGUCAAAGCCUGCAGUGGAUCAAUCAAAUCCAGAGCCUGAGGUCUGCAGCCACCUCUGCAUACAAUUAGAAUGAAACAUAAGAACUGGGAGUCACUUCAUUCUAAUUCUGUGCAUCUCUGUAUAAUUUAUCCACUAUUUGUAUGCUACAGACUUACACAGUGGUCAUUCGCACCACUUCUCUCUUCACAAGGAGAGGUCUACAUGAGCUAAUGUUGGCAAGCCGGCAACAACCGAGGUUUGGCCUACAAAUAUUGUGCAUGUUUGAAGUAAUGUUCAAAAGGUCCUCUCUGCCUCACUCAGUUUUGUUUUUGUUCUCUCUUUAAUACUCGGAAGGAACGAACCGGCGCAGGAAGGAAAGAAAGAACAAACAAAGAGCAAUCAACAAAAUGCAAAUUGCAAACGACUUGCAGUUCCUGCAGGCAUUGUGUCUUUAUCAAAAUGAAAAAUACCAACAUUGACAACAAAAGAAUAAAACGGAGAAGAGAGGACUCUGUGAACGAAGUCGAAUGUUUGAUCCGUCCAGGUGUGAGAAAGCAAAGAGCUACAGCCAGGCCAGCCAACUCAGUAUGUCGUAAUGUAAUAACUAUAUGUUUCCCGUGUACCUGUGUGUGUACCAGGCCUGGCUCAAAUUGCUAUCUGAGAUUGAUUCAGUAACUUUUCUGGGUUUGUAUCGAUUGUGUUGGGCACAAUGGAUUGAAUCGGGUUGUUCCAGCAGAUGCCAAUCCUGUCCGGUUCGCGGUCCAGACAGAUGAAAGCAAUCACUCGGAGAAAGUAUCUGGAGGGAUUUCAACUAAUAAUUCGAUCCAGGUCUGGUGUGUAUAGAAAUAGUUGGAGCCGUUUAUUGACAGAGUUUAAUAUCCAUACAUUUUAGGAGGGCUGAUUUAGGCUUUUACCCUCUCCAGAAAUUUGUGCAAGAACUACUUCAUAAAAUUAGACAGUGUUCGAAAAAUCGUCUGGCUCUAUGAAUAAGAUGAGUCAUACUCAAAUAUUAAGAGCAUAUACACAAGCUUAAAGGAAAAAUCCACCCAGAAAUGCUUCAGCACAAUAUUGAAAAGCAGAUUGUUUUAAAUGAAGCUGGAGCCAGGAGAUGGUUAGCCUAGCUUAGCAUAAACACCAGAAUCAGAAGGAAGUGUUAGCCUGGCUCUGUCCGAAUUAAACUAAGACUUGCUAACACAAAUUACUAAAGGCAUUCUAUCUUGUUUUUUUAAAGCACACAAAGACCGACAAGUUGUGGUUUCAUGGAGACCUAUUUUGCUGGAACAAUUUCUUUACCAGGAGCAGUGGCAUCCAGUAUCUAACCCUCUGUAAAACCACAACUUGUCAGCAAGCUAUGACCAUAGGCGGAGUUUGAAUUUUAGGUUGGGGAUUCACAAAAACGAAAGAAAUGUAAUAUACAGCUGAGGUAUGGGUUACACUAUCAGCCAGUGCAUUUUCAUAUCUCAACUACUACACCCAAACAAGUGAUUGCAAGAAUUGCCAUCACAAACUUCAGAGCACCCUCUAGCACAAACUGUAUUGUUUGUAAAUUCAGAGCACUGUUGAAAUUUAGGCUACCAUUCCGUUAUUCAGAGCACCACACCCCCGAAUGAAAAAAGGAACAGACCAGGUAAAAAAACAAAAAAAAAAAAAAGACGCCAAAU